AUGGGUAAUUUCUUUGACUACUGGUCUUGUGAUUGGAUGUUCGACAGCCAUUCCUGGUGGUGUUUCUUACACCAAGUAACACGAAAUAAUAGUGUCGGAGGAAAACAGUCGUUGGGAUUGCAGAUUUUAGACCUGAUUAAAUAUUUAAAUGCAUUUAUUUACUUAUUUUAUCGAUAACAAUUGACAUUUAUAGACUUUCUGUUCUUGACCAAAUCCUGACGGUUCUUUUACUUCCCAAAAUUCCGCCAUUUGUUUUACUGCGCAUGCGCGUCGAUCCCAGCCCCACCUCCUUGAGAGCCAUGUGGAUGUAAACGGUAAAUGUAUACGGUCGGUAGUUGCUCUUAUAUUUUUUAUUGUUUAACACGAAAGGCUGACGGUGUUUGGAUCAGGAUGUCCGCGGACAGUGCGAGCCUGCAGGCGCAGGUAGAGUCGGUGCUGUCGGCGUUGGUUAAAACGGCCACGGUUGAGUUGACCAGGCUGUUCGAGAGCAGGUACCGAGCCUUGGCUGCUGCUGUCGAUGUGGGCCGCACUGAGGUCCGAAAAGAAACCAGAACAACGGAGAGUUUGUCUGCCGUGGUCACUAAACACAGCGUAGGAGUCCAAAUAGACGGAGAUGAUGACCUUUUGCAGGAAUUCGGUGGUUUCACAUUGUUUUCAAACCAUCAGCGUCUGGAUCAAUGCAAGGAGGAGGAGGAGGAGGAGGAGGAGAAAGGCUGUCCAAUCCCUAUUGGGCUCCCCCUGCCUGAAGAAAAUGGCCAGGUUGAAUCCGUGAAUUUAUCCUCUAACACACAGAAUUUGGCAGAUUCUACAGUAGUUUUAGAAAUAAAGAAGUCCACUGAUGAAGAGACCCCGACAGAAGUUGUUUUGCAAGUGUGUAUGGACACCCCUGUGCUGAGCUCUACGAAGAAAGAGACACCUCUAGUCCUCUUGGCAAAUAACACUGAUGUCACUGCUGGUGAAAAUGUGACCUUUGUUUGCCCUCUGAUCCUGAAGCCGGAGACUCCAGGUCCCAAACCUGAGUGUUUAACUAAGCCUGUUGAAGCAGAGCCUCCUCAGGCCUGUGUUAGCACUGCUAAGGGCACCGCCUACAGUCCAUCUCCUUCUGACGGAGCCAUGACACCUGCUCCGGCCGGACUUUGGGAAAAGGUCCUGGCCUCAAAGAAGCCUAAUGGGAGCCUGAACAUGAAGCUGAACCCGACUUCUCCUGACCAAAAGUUGCUGAGGCCCUGUGCAGUGCCGCUGGUGAACAUCCUCACUAUACCUGAUUCCCAUUUAAAGCUUGAGGACAACCCCAAAACUGGCUACCUGCUGCCCAAAGAACUGCGUCGACACCAGAGUUAUCACACUGGACAUCGUCUCUGCUGCUUCGAUCCGUGUGAAAACGGCGUGUGGCGUCUCCAGAGCAUCGUCGCCCACUGCCGUGAUGGAUACACCUGCAGCAACUGUGGGAAAACCUUCAAACACAGAAAGAUUCUGCGACGGCACGAACGUUUCCACACAGGAGAGAAACCAUACCAGUGCGUCGUCUGCGCUAAGAUGUUCGUUUUAAAGAAGAGCCUCCGCCGUCACCAGAGGUUCCACACCGGCGAGAGGCCGCACUCGUGCGCGCUGUGCAACAAGAGCUUCCGUCUGCGCGACAAUCUGAAAGCUCACAUGAGGUUCCACAGUGGGGAGAAACCUUUCAGCUGUGCCACGUGUGGGAAGACGUUCAGGAUCGGGAGGAACCUGGAGAAGCACAAGCUGAGCCAGUGUGGAUUCUUCGUUCCGUCUUUUAAGAUAAUCGCUGGACGAUAGCUGUUGACUACUGAACCACGAGUUCUUCUACCUCAGACUGAAAACACUUUUAGAGGUCUUUGACUAAGCUGUAGAGAACCACAUCUUAUGUCACAUGGUCUUUGUAUAAAUACACACUAGUCAUGUCUUUUCUGUCAUAGUCUUUUUAACUAGCUUUAAAGUUUGUCUUUAAAAACCAGAAGUACUGUUGAUAUUUUCACCGUUUCUCCUCUGUUAGAAUACACUUACACAAGAAUAGUAACAUUUUUGUGGCAGAUGUGCGUGUUAUGUUAUGUCUAUGAAGAUUCUCAGUAAUCUAGGUCAUGGUCGAGGUAGAAGAAGUCUCUUGGAUGAGAGGAGAUAUCUUCUUUGAGAAAAUCUCAGAACUCUUUAAUCUUGCAUUCAGUUGUUAGUCCACUGAAUCACUGAAGUCUUUGGAGUUUGUUUUUUUACUCUGACUUUUGUCUUUAUUCCCUCUAUAGUCACUUUGUAGCCACUCCCAAGGCAGACUGUUUUGUGCAAAUACUGUUUCACUGUUUCAUAUAUUUUUUUAAAAAACAAGGGUAGGUACAUUUUGUAUAUUGUAUACAAUUAAAAAGACAAAAAUGUA